CUGGCUGUCUGUCUGGCUGGCUGGUAGGAGCAGGGAGAGAAGCUGAGAGCUGUCAGCUUCAGGGUCAGGGGCUGACGAGGGCCGGACAGUGAGGAGGGCGGAGGGCAGGGAGCGGGCAGGGAGAGGAUGCCUCUGUCCAGGCCACUCUGGCAUCACUGGGACAUCAGCCGCACCCGAGCCGAGGAGCUGUUGGCCAAAGCUAACAAAGAUGGCAGCUUCCUGGUGAGGGACAGUGAAUCGGUGGCCGGAGCCUACGCCCUGUGUCUGCUGUUUCAGAAACAAGUGCAUACAUACCGUAUCCUGCAGGACUCUGAUAACUUCCUGGCCGUCCAGACAUCACAGGGAGUUCAAGUGAAACGUUUCUCCUGUCUGGGUGACCUCAUCACAACCUAUCAACAGCCCAACCAGGGCUUAGUGACAUCUCUGCUCUACCCAGUGGAGAGAGAGAAGGAGAGGGAGGUGGCAGAUGAUUGUUCAGAUGGUGAGGAUGAGAGACCAGCGUUGCCGCCACGUCCUGGGGUCACCGGCACCAUCUUGGGCUCCGAAGCUAAAACGCUGGCGAUAACUCAGCAGCUACAGCAACGAAUACAGGAUGGCGGGCUUAGCAGUGACGUGGUCGGAUCGCUGAGCGAGUAUCUCAGAGCAAACCUCCAGCAGGACCUGGAGUGCGUGAGGUCAGGAUCCACCAACCUCCGGCACCUCAACUCCACCAUCGUCAACUUGUGCCAUAACCUACAGAGUGAGGUGGACCUGGUGCUGUCUAACAUGGAAGUGUUGAUGAAGGUGUUUGACAAGCAGAACUCGCCCAUGACCCCACCCAAGAAACAGCUGACCCAAGGCAGCAGCCAGAGCAGUGACACUGAGCUGGACAAACUCGUCAACAAGAUCUCGUCCCUCAACGACCUGUUGUCUUCAGCGGAGCUGAAGGUCCUGAAGUCUCUCCAAGAGAUGAUCAACAACCAGAGCGUCACAUUACCCUGUUACCCUGGGACCUCUUCCACACAGGGCUCCUGCAUGUCUUCCAAAUCGAUUCCUCUCCAGAGCUUCGAGGUGCGUCUCGGCAAAACCCAGAAACAGACGCUGAUCCUGGACGUGGAGGCAGGGAAGCUUCACAUCAGCAAGAAAUCCAACAGCUCCCCCGAGGAGUCCAUCUCCUACGAGAAAAUUCUGCAGCUCAUUAAGUACCAGAGCACGCCCAGCAAGCUGCAGAUUGUGUUCGAGAAGGACUCGCAGAAAAACCAACAGAGGGACUUCAUAUUUGAGAACGCCCGGAAGCGAGAGGCUUUCUGCCAGCUUCUGCAGCUGAUCAAGAACAGGCACUCAAACCAGGACGAGCCGGACAUGAUCUCGGUCUUUAUCGGUACAUGGAACAUGGGCAGUACCCAGCCCCCAAAAUCCAGCACCUCGUGGCUGAUGUCCAAGGGUCUCGGGAGGACCAGGGACGAGACCACAGCUGCCAUCCCUCAUGAUAUCUAUGUGAUCGGGACCCAGGAGAACGCGCUGAGUGACAAGGACUGGGUGGAUUUCCUGAGAGCGACCAUCAAGGAUGCCACGGAGCUGGACUUCAAAGUGGUGGCCACCCAGUCAUUGUGGAACAUUAAAAUCGCAGUGUUGAUCAAAGCCGACCACGAGAAUCGCGUCAGUCACAUCAACACGUCCAGCGUGAAGACAGGGAUCGCCAACACCCUGGGGAACAAGGGUGCAGUGGGCGUUUCCUUCCUGUUUAAUGGGACGUCUUUUGGUUUCGUGAACUGCCACCUGACGUCAGGCAGUGAGAAGGUCCUGAGACGUAACCAGAACUACCUCGAUAUCCUGCGAUUGCUACAACUGGGAGACAAGCAGCUCAGCUCGUUUGACAUCACCCUACGCUUCACACACCUCUUCUGGCUGGGAGACCUCAACUACCGGCUGGACAUGGACGUGCAGGAUAUUCUAAAUCACAUCAACAAGAAGGAGUUCGAGGUCCUGAUGAGUGUGGAUCAGUUGAACCUGGAGCGGGAGAAGAGCAAAGUCUUCCUGAGAUUCUGUGAGGAUGAGAUCACGUUCCCACCCACGUACCGGUACGAACGCAACACCAGAGACUUGUACGCGUGGCAGAAGUUCAAGACCACCGGGGUGAGAAUCAACGUGCCAUCCUGGUGUGAUCGCGUGCUGUGGAAAGCCUACCCCGAGACAUACAUUCAGUGCACCUCCUAUGGCUGCACCGAUGACAUUGUGACCAGUGACCACUCUCCCGUCUUUGCCACCUUCGAAGUAGGCGUGACGUCCCAGUUUGUGUCAAAAAAAGAUCCCGGUAACAGCUCGGAGGGGGCCUGCAUCGAGUUCGAGACCAUAGACGCCAUCGUCAAGACGACCAGCAAGACAAAGUUCUUCAUUGAGAUUUACUCGGGCUGUUUGGAAGAGUUUAAGAAGACCGCUGAGAACGACAACCAGUACAGUGAAUCCCACGGCUUCCUGAGAGUCGCGUGGUCAUCCUGGCAGCUACCACUGUUGGUGCCCAUCUUGUCGGACAUGGAAUAUCUCCAAGACCAGCAUCUCCUGCUGACCGUCAAGUCAACUGAUGGGUACGAGUCCUACGGAGAGUGUUGUAUUGCUCUGAAGUCCAUGAUUGGAAGCACCGCCCAACAGUUUGAGACCUGCCUGUCUCACCGGGGGGAAGAGUCUGGGUUCAUCCGCGGUAAAAUGAAGGUCUGCAUCCCGUCGGAGCGCAGAGCGACACGGGAACGCCUGUACGAUUGGAUCAGUUUUGAGAAAGACGAGACCGGAGCCCCGAAAGGGAAGAUUAUAUUUUCAAACCAAGAUUUCACAGGAGACGGUGGGAAGUCUUCCGGGAGCUUUGAUGCCCCUGAGGUGACCGGAGCUGGGUCUCACAGUCGCCCUGAUGAAGGUAUCCCUGUUGGAGGGGCAGCCACUGGGGGAAGUGUCCGAGGAAGCGAGGAGACCCCACAGGGAAGGUUGAAGCAGAGCAACGCUCCGGAAGAUGACUCCCAGUCCAGCUGCUUCAAUAACCCAUCGUAUUUUGUCCUGGAAGGCAUUCCCUACUCCCAUUCGGGAAGAGGUUCCCAAGAGAACACUGGGAUCCAGGUGGCCAAGACUGUCCCGAGGAACAAGCUGCAGCCAAAUCCCCCAAAGGGGCUGGAGAGAGUCAAAGACCCCUCCCGGCGACACCCGAGCAGUGAAGGGUUCUCCUCGGAGGACGAGAGUCUGUGGUGCGGUUCUGACCAGCUGCCGGGAGCUCGGGCCAAGGCCACCGAGCUGGAGAUGCAAAACAACCCGCUGUACGCCAGCGCAGCUGAGCUGUGGGACAACAGUGGGCAGACACCGAUGCCCAAAGCCGGCCUGGGCCGGGAGGAGAGGCCAGGCAGUGCCCCCACGCCUGUCAUGGGCAGGGAUCGCGAUCGCUCCGAGCCUAAAGCCCGUGGCAAAGCGGCCAAGAGCUCGUCCAGCUCCCAGGGCAGGGCCGGGGCUCAGCCGGCGGCGGUGACUGGGGUGAUGGAGGCCGGUGACUCGGAACGCCUCUCCGGCCGAGGUGACUUGCCCGUCCCGGGCCGGGAGUGGCCAUCCAAGAGCCCCCCACUGCCCGCCAGGAACAAGGCCCCCGACCUUCAGCCCCGCUACACCCGCCCCAACACCUCUGGACACCAGGAAGUGCCUCCUCCCCUGCCCGCCAAGACCCGAUCGGUAGACACCGAGGCUUCGGACCAACACGGGGACAGCAACAUCUGUCAGUUCCUGAAACACCUGGGCCUUGAGGUGUAUGAGGCGGGGCUGAUAAAGAAUGGAUGGGAUCACAUGGACUAUUUUCAUGAUGUCAGUGAGGGGGAUCUGACGGAAGCCGGGGUCGCUGAUCCUUCUCACCGCCGGCUGCUGCUGGAGAAGGUUCAGGAAUUGUGGAGAUGAGGGUCGAGGGACGGACCAUCACUCUGUAAAGGGAGAGAGAGAGAGAUCGAUUGAUCGGGUGGUCAAUGGCCCAGUCAACCCACUACAGCCCCCUCACCUCCCCUCCCCUCACCUCAGAGCGUGUUCCUGCCCGGACAGAGAUCAGCCGUGUGCCAGGAAUCCCAACCAAGAUGUACUUUCUCUCAGACAUUCUUCCUGCCUGUUUCAGUGACUGCCGUCCACAAGGGCCAUUGACCCCUCAUAUAUCAGAGAGACCAACCCUAAUACUGUUUGACCAUCAACGCUGAUCAGUUAACGUUUCCCCCCACUCCGCAACCCACUGUCCCCCACCACCCCCAACACAGUGAAUCCUUUCUCACAUGAAGAGACCUUACUCCCAGACCAUUGGUGUUUACAUCCCCCCUCCCCACACACACCCACCUCUGGACAGAACUGACCUGCAUUGAAUUGCAGUUUGCAGAUAAUAUAUAAAUAGCCAUAAUCGGAGCGAGGGAUGCAGAGAAUUGCCAGGAGCAGAGCUUCUGUUUGCAGGUCUGAGGGAAGACGUUACAUGGUUUUGAGAACCAAACGUUUCUCAGCUUCAUAUCAAUGUACACGUCUGGGCUGAAUGAGGAACGUUUCACGCUGUUAAAUACCACCAGGUACUUCACACCAAGCCUCGUGGUCUCCACAUUAAAAUGGCC